AUGAGAGAGUACAAAGUGGUGGUACUGGGCUCGGGUGGCGUGGGCAAGUCCGCGCUCACCGUGCAGUUCGUAACAGGUUCCUUCAUCGAGAAGUACGACCCAACCAUUGAAGACUUUUACCGCAAGGAGAUCGAGGUGGAUUCGUCGCCGUCGGUUCUGGAGAUCCUGGACACCGCGGGCACGGAGCAGUUCGCUUCCAUGCGGGACCUGUACAUCAAGAAUGGCCAGGGCUUCAUCCUCGUCUACAGCCUGGUCAACCAGCAGAGCUUCCAGGACAUCAAGCCCAUGCGGGACCAGAUCAUCCGCGUGAAACGGUACGAGCGCGUACCCAUGAUCCUGGUAGGCAACAAGGUGGACCUGGAGGGCGAACGUGAGGUCUCCUAUGGCGAGGGCAAGGCCCUGGCCGAGGAGUGGAGCUGCCCCUUCAUGGAAACAUCGGCCAAAAACAAAGCCUCAGUGGAUGAGCUAUUCGCAGAGAUCGUGAGGCAGAUGAACUACGCGGCACAGCCCAACGGCGACGAGGGCUGCUGCUCGGCCUGUGUGAUCCUGUGA